GUUAAAUCGGCUUAUGAUCAGGCAAAGUACGUUGAUUCCCCAUGUUACUCGUAUAUCAAUUUGGCAGUCGACGAGCUAUUUUCAAACGGGCACCGAGCGAGGGGAUUACUUUUACGAAUAUUUCCUGCCUCAGAAUGAGUUUGGUGCGGCCGUUAAAACCUGCAUUGAUGGCGAUUGCCAUCAGGGAGUUAAACGAGGUGCCCCAUCGGGUUCAGCAGGACAUCGAGGCUCUGAAGGAGUGGGUCUUGAAACAACCACAUCUGCGGGCCUGCACCGAAGACCAGUUCCUUCUAGCCUUUCUGCGCGGAACAAAGUUUAGCCUGGAACGGGCGAAAGAAAAGUUUGAUCGAUUCUACACGUUGCAGCGAUCCAUUCCCGAGGUCUUCAAUGAACGACGCCUGGCCACCGAUCCCCAGGUGCUGGAUAUUAUCAGGAUGGGAGUUCUCCUGCAAAUCCCCAUGGAUGUGGACGACCCGGGACCUUGCGUGACCAUUAUUCGAGCUGGGUCCUACGACACGACCAAGUACAAGUUCCAGGACAUAGUACGCGUUGGCUCUAUGUUUGGUGAGAUCAUGAUGUUCGAGGACGAGAACGCCACGAUCAGCGGUUAUGUGGAGAUUAUGGACAUGACUGGAGUUACGGGUGCCCACCUCUUUGCUCUCCAGCCGCAGUUGUUAAGUAAGUUUUCCAACUACGCGGAUGAGGCAAUGCCGACGCGCCAGAAAGGAAUUCACUUUAUCAAUGUCCCUGCGGCCUUCGAAACCGGUUUCAAUUCGUUGCGAUCUUUUUUUCCGGCAAAAAUCAAAAGUCGGAUUUCGGUGACCUCCGAUCCGGCGGCCAUAUUUGAAAUAGUGCGUCGCGAGUACUUACCCAAGGAGUACGGAGGAAUUGGCGGGAGCAUGCAGGACAUAAGCCGAACCAUGGAAGCGAAACUAUUCAGUUAUUCAUCCUACUUUCAGGAGUCCCUGAAUUUCGGCGCUGAUGAAAAGUUGCGCGAAUUUAGGGAUCACGUGCCGAAGAACCAUCGCUCCUCGUUUGGGGCUGUAGGUUCCUUUCGGAAACUGGAAUUCGACUGAAAUUGACAGGAGUUAGUCAAUAUCAACAGUUAAAUAUAAAUGCAAUUUUAAAAACUAUUUGCGUCAAUCUUAUCCAGAAAACCAUGUCAGGCAGUCACAACAACUAAAACAAAAUGGAUUAACAAACAUUAAGGUGAUUACUUCUGAACGAAAAGACUUCUAUAGGUGGUUUUAAGUGAAGCAAUAAACAUAUCUUAUCAAAAAAUGUGAUAUAAGAAUUUUGU